AUGGUUCUCAAUAGCCCGCAUAUAGUGGAGCCAACCCCCCGGAUAGCUCCAGCGGAGGACAACGGCGAAGCGGGAGCACCUUCCAGACAGUCGCCAGAAUUAGAGGCGGCCGAGAUUGAAGGACAGUUCUUUGAUCCGACGUCUGGUCUAACGUUUUUGCAUCGAGCGUACAAGCGAUUCUCAACGCAGAAGAACUAUGAAGUCGUGCCGCACGUGCUGACGGGAAGCGAGAAGGACCAGCUUCUCAUGAAUGCUGGCGACAAACCUUUUGUCAUGGAAGGUAGUGGGUCUGUCGAAGUUCCGCCAAGAUCUCUUGCCGAAGAGCUUGUUUCCUUUUACUUCGACGUCUGCGUGGUUACGUAUCGCAUGUUUCAUCGUGGAACAGUGCUCAACUGGCUUGAGAACAUGUUGACCAACGUGCAGCGAGAGCUGUCUCCCUCGCGCGGUCUAGGGUACGCUAAGACUUCAAUUAUCUUUACCAUAUUAGCUAUCUCCUCCUUCCGCCGCGAGAAGAUCAAUGGACAUGCAACAGUAGACUACGAGGACACCAUUGCAUUGCAGCAGAGCGAUCAGUACUUCCGCGCUGCAUUGGAUCUCACCAGUACUGAGCGAGGAAUGCCACGACUCGAAUCUGCGCAGGCAAGACUGAUUCAGGUCCUGUAUCUUCUCCAGACAUCCCGGAUGAACCAAGCUUGGUACAUUUUCGGGACCACGUCGCAAAUUAUUUCCGUAUUAGGUCUGUAUCGCAAGUCCGGGCGGAACAGGAGCGCAAACACGAAGGCGGUCGACUACCUGGAUCUGCAGUGUCGCAGGCGGACGUUUUGGGUGGCAUAUACACUUGACCAAUAUUUAAGUGUCGCUCUCGGCCGAACAAGACAUUACCACGAGGAGGAUAUCGAUCAAGAAUUUCCGGACUUGGUCAAUGACGAAGACAUGGCUCCAGGUGGUCCCUCCGAAGGCGAGUUGCUAGAAGACUGUCACGUAGACGCGCUUGUGUGGCAUGCGAAGCUUGCCAUGAUCAUAAGUGGUAUUUCCAGAGAAGUUUAUUCUGUGAAACGCAUACCCAAACACGAACGUGCCGCCGCGGCCCAUCGUGCCAACCAAAAGCUCCAUGAAUGGCACGAAUCCCUGCCUCCACACCUAGGGAGCGUCCGGCCCUCGUCUCUUAUCCCAAGUUUCCGCCGCCAGGCCAUUGCUCUCAAGCUAGCCUACAUGCACUCCAUCAUUCAUGCGAACCGCCUCUUUCUGCUGGGUCAAAAGAGCGAUGCUGGCUUCUCCCCUGAUGACGUCGCGGCAGAUGUGCAAGGAAACGUCCUUGAGUGCGUGAAAGCUGCGCGUGUGGUACUUCAGACGUUCAACUCCAUGGUGGUCGACGGCACCUUGUUCUAUGCCUUCUGGUGGACUCAGUACGCCACAUUCUGCGCUCUAACAGUUGUCGAAAACGUUACAGCGUUAAGGAUUGAGAACGACAGUAACGCAGUUACUGGUACCGAUCUAGACACAACUUUCAACUAUGAUCAAAAUACUGGGCUACAUCCCGCCCUUUCAGAGCGACAGGAUGUCUAUGGGAUAGACCUUCUGCAACAUUGGCAACCAACGGAUUGGAUUGAUCUCGACUCAUCAAUAUGGUUUGCUCUUGAUUCUGACUCACCGCAAUAG